GCUCGUCCGCCACAACUUGGCACUCCACAGCAGCUCCCUUUCCCUUCUCUUCUCAUAGCUUGCACGUCCAAGGAAAGGAGAUCAUGGAGGUGAAGAAGAGGGCGGCCGCCAUUGCCGCACUGUGCGUGCUCCUCGUCAUCUCAGUGCCGCCCCAGCAGCGGGCGGCCGCCAAGACCUUCUGCGAGUGCUACCAGCCCUGCCACGACGGGUGCAGCCGCAGCGGAUGGAUCUGCAAAGUCGACUGUGUCGAGAAAUGCAAGGAAGAAGGCUACAUGGAGGAGAGCCGCGCCGUCUGCCUCUGGGUCUGCAGCACCGACUCCCCCUGCGGCCCGUCGGCGGCGCCCACCGAAGCAGAAGGCGCUGCGGAUUGUAAGAUCGAGUGCCACAAGAGGUGGGGCCAGGUUUAACGCCCAGCAGCAACCUGCAAAAUAAGGAGAUGUUGAACGGCUGUGGUUGCCGAACCAAUCAAUAAAAUGUGUUCCGCGCGUCGGCGCAUCACUUGUGUGAAA